AUGGCGGCGGGGGCCUCCGACGGCGCUCAGAGUAGGGUACACUCAGAAGAGAUGGUACCGGUUGAAGAAUUCCAAGACGAGGAGGACGAAGAGGAGCAGGUUGAAGGGUGGGAUGAUUGGGAGACGGAUGAAGACGAAUCAGAAUCGAGUUACUUCUGUCUCUUCUGCGAGGCGCGAUUCGUUUCCAGUGACGACCUUUUCGCUCACUGCCGCGCCGAACACUCUUUUGAUUUCCAUGCGAUCAGGAGAGAUCUGGAGCUAGAUUUCUACGGUUGCUUCAAGCUCAUCAACUACGUGAGAGCUCAGGUUCGGUAGUCUGAUGCAUAAGUUUUUCGUAUUACCCAUUAGAAUUGCAUUACCCAUGACACCAGUGUGCGUCUUUUUUGCACCUUCUAUUUUUUGGAAAUAUUUUUUAUUGUUGAAAUUUAUGUUUUCAUUUAUAAACAACCACAAACUACGGAGGAUCUUUCUAUUCUUCAGGUUGCAAAGAAUAGGUGCCGGAGCUGGGACGAUAGGAGGAACUGGGAUGAUGAUAGUUACUUGAAACCUUUCAUGCCUGAUGAUGCUCUCUUGCGGAGUUUGCCCUCUGAUGAUGAGGGAGAAGAAUAUUCACCCAUUGCCAAUAAAGAAGAGCUGAUUAAAGAGCUUAUGUGCGAAAAUGAUAUCUCUGAUAUCUGUACCGUUGAUGGAGAUCUGGAUUCUCUCUCUUUUGAGGUUGAUUCUCUAAAUAUAGAUGGAGUGAACCAAAGUCAGGCAACGAUAGAAAAUGGUUACCAGGAUAAUCUUGUUCAAACAACAACGGCUAAUGGUGUACCUUUGAAGCAAGAUGUUGGAACAUCUCAGACAGUUUGUAAAGAUAAGCGACUUAGGGUUCAUUUUAGUAAUGCUUCUGCAAGGAACAUAAAAAGUGUCAAUGAAGAUUACUUUGGAUCAUAUGGUUCUUUUGGCAUUCACAGAGAGAUGAUCAGCGACAAGGUAUACCCAUCACCAGAACACUUUGCGUAUACUUUUUUUUAACUAUGAGAAGCUGAAACUGAAAAUGCUUUCUUACUGACAAUUUUCACCAAAAUAGUUUACCAAAUUGACACCUUUGUUACAUAAUUUCUAGGUAAGAACCGAGACUUACAGAAAUGCACUAACGAAUAACCCGUCUCUACUGAAUGGUGCCACAGUUUUGGAUGUUGGUUGUGGCACUGGAAUUCUAAGGUAAAAUGGCUGUCCCUCCAUUUAAUUUUUUCAUCUCAGUAUCUUAUGAUUUCCCUCUUCCCCAAGGAAAGAGGCGAAAAGUGGCGUUAGACUGAAGUAGAAUGAUUUUUUAUGUGGAAGCAGCUGGUUUUGCACGAGGUCUACUUUUCAAUAUUUUGUUAACAUCAUCCAUGUGUUCACUCGUUCAAAAGAAUUUUCCAUGGCGAAAUAUUUCUCCUUAGUCCAUAUUAAUGUCUUUGUUAGAAAUCAGUAAGAUUUCUCAGCAAGCAUGCUGCAUACUAUUUUGUAGAUGCAUUAUCAAUCUUGUUGAUCAAUGUUAUAUUUUCGUAAUCAGAUGUUCUCAUUUCCUUCAGUCUAUUCGCUGCUCAAGCUGGAGCAUCAAAGGUAAUUGCUGUUGAUGCAAGUGAAAAGAUGGCUACUGUGGCAUCCCAGGUAUACUCUUUAUAGAUCCACUAUUUUUAUCCCCCGACUUUUUUGUUUUCUAAUAAGCUUAUCAAAGUCCUGAAUGCACCUCAGAUUGCGAGAGACAAUGGCCUUUUAUUGGAAAGAAGGCAGAAUGGAGACUCCAAUGAAUGUUCUGGAGUAAUCAGUGUGGUCCAAGGUAUGAUUGAAGAGCUUGAUACAGCUAUACAAGUUCCACCAAAUAGCAUUGAUGUCUUGGUGAGCGAGUGGAUGGGCUACUGCCUCUUGUAUGAGUCAAUGCUCAGUUCUGUUAUUUAUGCUCGUGAUCAUUGGUUGAAACCUGGUGGUGCUAUUCUUCCUGACAUUGCAACCAUUGUAGGUCCUUUACACCAGACAUUGAAACCUAGUGAUUUUUUUUAUUUGUUGGGUUCUAAUAUUUACUAAUCGCUCUUUUAGUUCGUCGCCGGAUUUGGGAAAGGUGCAACAAGUUUUCCCUUCUGGGAGAAUGUUUAUGGUUUUGACAUGUCUACCAUUGGGAGAGAAGUUGUAGACGAUGCUGCAAAGCUUCCAAUUGUUGAUGUCGUGGACAGUCGUGAUAUUGUGACAGAAACUGCUCGUCUAAAGGUUUGUCCAUGUUUUCCUUUUACUUUGACCUUGCUAGUAGUGGCUCAUUCACCUGGACCUGAUGGUACAUCAGUUUAUUGACAUUUUUAGAAGUUAGUAACUUUAUAAUUACCCACGUUUGAAAAUAUAAGCGUACAUGAUUUUGAUGUAUAAGUACUCUUGGUAUGAGCUAUCUUCUGUUCUAUCCUCGCUAGUGACACAUUGCCAAAAAAAUAUGCUGUAUGGAGCAGUCGAGCUUGGGUCUGGAGUAAAGGGCACUGUUUUUUCCCAUUUUAAAUCGGGUUGGUUUAUAAAUAAUGUCUAAGUUAGAUGCCUCUCUUUUUGUUUUGAUGUCUAAGUUCUACGCAUAGAUCAAGGAAAAUCUGUUGAAUCGAAAGCAUCUCUGACCAUGUAAAAGUGAAAACGAGGAGACUGAUCAGAUUCAUCUUUCUUGUUUACGAUUUAUUUCCUUAUUUUUCUUCUUUAAUGAUUCGCCCAUAAACUUUGUUGAAAUGCAUUACAAGAUAUUAUUCUCCAAGUGUAGAACACUGCUAGCCUGAUUCUUCUACUGUUUCCUCUGAUCCAGUCUUUUGAUCUGGCGACCAUGAAGCGAGAAGAAAUGGAUUUCACAUCCAGCAUUGAGUUGCAGCAGAGGGCCGACAUCUCCGGGGACUCGCUCGAUCCGACAUCAGGAGUCACUUGGUGUUAUGGGAUCGUCUUAUGGUUUGACACUCCGUUCAGCAGUAGAUUCUGCAAGGAGUCCCCGUACACGCUCUCAACCUCUCCCUACUCCCCCAAGACCCAUUGGUACCAGACGAUCUUCACAUUCAGUGAGCCGAUUGCAUUGGCUUCCUCCGACGCCGGUGACGACAGCGCAGCGCCGAUCGGCACGGAGAGGUGCCCGGCGCUCAAGGUCGGCGCCCGCAUCAGCAUUGGGCGGGCCGUUGUGCAUCGCAGCAUCGACAUAUCUCUGGAGAUCGCCGCUCUCGGCGUCAACGGCAGGAGACGGAGUCUGCCGGUGCAGAUUUUUAACUUGUAA